AUGUCAACAGACCUCUGGUCCACGCUCCCACCAGAAAUUUCAAUCCAGAUCGCCAACCACAAUGCUGAGGAUGUGGACGCUUUACGCGCUAUGCGACUCGUCUCCAAAGAAAUGCGAGACGUCGCGACUAAAGCGUUGUUUUCGGCACUUUACUUCGCCUCCCCGGAUGACAUUCAACGGUGGCUUCUGGCUACCGAGGACCUGCCAUUUCUCGUGAGCGCUGUUCGCAAGCUCAGACUCUCAAUUCCCUUGGAUGGCCCUCCAGCCUUACCGCGCUUAGAAAAUGUGGAAGAGGUGAUCUGGUUUCGCAACCAACCGUGGAACACCGACAUCGCGACCACCUACAUGCAAGAUGUAUUUCCUGCCGCAACCCGCCUAUCCUUUCUUCAUGUCCAGUUUGAAGAUAUAUCACAUGUCACCUCUAUCCUGCGCUCCUCCAAUCCACUCAACAGCCUCACCUUCCAGUACUGCACUCUUGCCUCCUAUGCUCGACCUACUGCAGGGGAUGUUUACCCCAGAGUCGACUGGUCCCAGAUGAAUGUUGCCAGAAUUUGUGGCAAUAGCUUCGGCCUUGAAGCCAAAGCCCUGCCAUUGGCCACCCAACUCUUCUCAAACUCGCGUCCUCUGUCAACUGCACUGCAACAGCUGAGUAUGUUGUUGUGGCGAGAUUUUUACAACGUGUCCAGCGAAGAUAGCAACGGUCUUCCAAUGCAACUGAUUCUUCUCCGAUAUUCAGUACAGUCAUUGACACAUCUCGCUAUCAAUCCAAAUCUCGGCGAACGAUGGGGUUUGAAUGAUAUGCUCAACAGGACCCUCAAACAAUUCCCUCCUUUCGAUGCGCUCUUGGACUUGACCAUUCAUUUCGGGCGGCUGGGCUUCGACUCAUCCCAUGCGGAGGCGUUUUUUGAUGCAUUGCCGCUACUCCCACGGCUCUCGACUUUGCGCUUUGUGUUCCGGCUGACCGGGACACCAGACGAUUACAAGUGGUUCAAAAAUGUGUUCGCCUGGAAGCCUACUGCUUUGACCCAAGCUUCGUUGCAGGAGAGGUGUCCCAAUAUAGCGAAUCUGGUGUGGGUAUUCCGCGUGGCGGAGUAUGUUUACACCCAAUUAGCCGUCACAACAACGCCAUGCACGUCAGACUAUCGGCUGGGCAUUGAACGACUGCUAUCUGGUCGCCUGGAAGAGAUUGGAGUCUGUGAUCUGUUCCCGAUGACCAUCGAGUGGUUGGAUGGGCAGCACAAUCCAUUGAUCAUCGAGGACUGA